AUGGGCUGGCUUUGGGGCAGCAGCGACAGCUCAUCCGGAAAGGGCGCCCUCGACCCGUCUCUGCAAGACUUCCUGAGCAAGGAAGCACCGACCGGGCCCAAGCCUUCGUUGCCGUCGAAGCCCGCCGAAAAGCCCAAGGAAGCCGAGCAGCCAGCGCCGCAACACGUCUCCGAGGGUCCAUUCGUUCCGCCGCAGUCGCAAUUCCAAGAUGGCCGCUAUGCGCACCUCUGGAAAGGCUACGUGCCCCAGAACGACCUCGAAAACCGCGCCAAAACGGAGCAAGACAAGCUCAAAGACAUUGUCGAUGGCUUCAACGACCGCAAGGCCGAGAUCGGACGCAUCGCCCUGGAGAACUGCGCCUUGGAGUACAUGGAGCAGUUCGAGUGCUUCCGCGCGCCCAAGACGUAUUGGCAGACGGCCACCCUGUGCACCGCCGAGUCCAAAAAGUUCAACCGCUGCUACGACAUGCAGUCCAAGUUCCUCAAAGCCCUGGGCUACCUGACGCUAGACGUCCGGAGCCCCGAAGACAGCGAGCGGAUACAGAUGCAUGCAGACAAACUGUAUCAGCAGAUGAUUGAGCAAGAGGCCGCCAUCGAAAAGGCGAAGGACGAGGGUCGAGAACCGCCCAAGUAUGAGAGCGUGCUCUCAAAGCAGAACAUCGCACGCGCCAUGUCAGGCCAGCCCUCGUCUGCGACACCAGUCACAGGCAACCCUCAGCCAGACGACACACAAGAUCUCUGGAGACUCGUGAAGCCUGAUUCGCGUGCCAAGUACGAGGCGCUGCUGGCCAAGAUGACUCCCGCAGAGCAGGACAUCGAGAAGGCGGCUUUAGUAGGCGAGAUACAAGCAAACCUUGGCCGGGCGAAGCAGGUGCAGGAUACUUUUAUCGAGGAGCGAAUCAAUCGCAUGAAGCGAAGAGAGGCUGGACAGUCUACCAUAGGCGAUACCAUCAAGAGGCUGUGGGGAUGGGACCGAAAUGCGUAA